GCUGCGGUCAGGUCCCUCACGUCACCCAGUCCUUUUCGCGAGGUUUCUGGGAAGGCUGAGUUACAGCUGCGCCACUAGCAAAGGAUUGGGACUCAGGACUACUAGGACCCGCUGAUCACAUCCCUGACUUCAGCUUCCCCGGUUGCCAAAUAAAAGGAGCCUCAGAACGGGUUAAACCAUGGAAAAGCACAGCAUGCAAACAGAGGCUCCUCACGCAGGAACACAUUUGCCAGCUGGGUAUGGCCCUCAGUAUCCACCAGCAGCAUUCCAAGGACCUUCAGAACAGAAUGGCUACCCCACAUCCCAGCCUGGCUACCAAGGACUCCAGAAUCCUUAUGCAGGGCCUCAGGCUGGCUUUCAAGGGCCCCAGGGUCCAUAUCCAGGGCCCCAGGGUCCGUAUCCAGCGCCCCAGGGUCCGUAUCCAGGGCCCCAAGCUGGCUACCCAGUCCCACCAGGAGGUUAUCCAGGUGCUGGCCCAAGUGGCUUUCCUGUCCAAAAUCAGCCAGCGUACAGUCAUCCAGGUGGGCCUGGAGGGGCUCCGUGGAUGCCAGCACCACCUCCCCCACUGAACUGUCCACCUGGGUUGGAAUACUUAACUCAGAUAGAUCAGAUUCUGGUUCAUCAGCAAAUUGAACUUCUGGAAGUCUUAACAGGCUUUGAAACAAAUAACAAAUAUGAAAUCAAGAACAGCCUCGGGCAGAGAGUUUAUUUUGCUGUGGAAGAUACUGACUGCUGCACUCGGAACUGCUGUGGACCAUCUAGACCUUUCACCUUGAGGAUCCUGGACAAUCUGGGCCAAGAGGUCAUGACUCUGGAGAGACCCCUGAGAUGCAGUAGCUGCUGCUUUCCCUGCUGCCUCCAGGAGAUAGAAAUCCAAGCUCCUCCUGGUGUGCCCGUAGGUUAUGUGACUCAGAACUGGCACCCUUGUCUGCCAAAGUUCACUCUUCAAAAUGAGAAGAAGGAGGAUGUUCUCAAAAUUGUUGGUCCAUGUGUCGUGUGCACCUGCUGUUCAGACAUUGACUUUGAGCUCAAAUCUCUAGAUGAAGAAUCUGUAGUUGGCAAAAUUUCUAAGCAGUGGUCUGGUUUAGUGAGAGAGGCCUUCACAGACGCAGAUAACUUUGGGAUUCAGUUCCCACUAGACCUUGAUGUGAAGAUGAAGGCUGUGAUGCUUGGAGCGUGUUUCCUCAUCGAUUUCAUGUUUUUUGAAAAAACUGGAAAUGAGGACCAAAGAGCAGGAGUGUGGCAGUAGUUUCUUGAGAUUCCUCAAGAGAUUUAAGGACUUCAUUCUGGUGGAUACUAUCUAAAGAACACACAUGGCUUUUUUUCUUUAUUGAAAUAACUGUGUCGAUUAACCUAUGAUGCCUAUACUUCUGUUGUACAAUUGUGCUUUCGAAUUAUAGUUUAUUUUCUAUACUUUUGUCAUUUAUUUGUUUUUAUACAUCCUUAAAGUGUACACUGUGAAUUAGUGAGAAAAUAUAUGAAUGUUUACACAUAGAAAUGAGAUUGUCUAAGAAAAAUGCUUUGACUUACAAUCUUUGAUUUAUUUUGUAUUUUAUAAAAACUUAAAUGUUAUUGUAAUUUAAGAUGAAAAUUACAUAUUAAAUGUAAUUAUAAUUUAUACAAAAGACUUGAUGUUAUAAAUACUAUUUAAAGCCUUAAAAAGUUUCUGUUUCCUUUACCUUAGAAUUAACUAUUACUCAGUAUAGUUAUUAUUAAGGAAACAAUAACUGUUUUCUUUCCCUCUUUAGAAAUUCAGCUUAGUUAUGUAAUUCUAUUUAUAUACUUUUCUACCAAUAAUAUUUUCAUUACAUAGUGAUAAUAGAGUUCAAUAUAUAAUAUUAAUACCAUAUAUGUAUGUGUGUAUAUAUGUGUGUGUAUAUAUAUGUAUGUAUGUAUAUAUACAUACAUAUAUGUGCCCUUUGUGCCUUUUGGGGACAAGGUCUCAUAAUGUAGCCCUUGCUAUUCUAGAACUUGCUAUAUAGAUCAAGCUCUUUGAAAUCACAGAGAUUCUUCUGCUUUUGCUCCCUGAGUGCUGGGAUUAAAGGCUUGUGCCACCACACCACACCUGAUAAGACUUUUAUUGACAACCCAGAAAUGGCUUCCAAUGAAUAAAGGAAGUCACAAUUUUCUGCCCAAGGAAGACUCAUUAUAAGGACUUAAAAAAAAUUCAUAGUGGCACAAUGUUGAAAAUAUUUUCUCAUAGAAUGUUUAGCUCCUAUAUUCUAAUAUUUCUAGGAAAAAUUGGUUACUACUCAGAUGUUCAAUAAAUAGAACAUAUAUAAACCUCAACAGUUAUGGAUUACAAUAAUAGUCAAAUGCCCCAAAUAAAAACGUAUAGAUCUAUUUUAACUUGUUUUUGUUAGGUCCAAAGUGGACCUACAAAUGGCAGUGCUGCUGGAGACGUUCUAAAUGACAGUGUGGAUGGAGCCAGCUUAGGCUGGACUCUGACCCAGUUAACAGUCGGAUUGCUAGGGGUACACAGAAACCUAAAGGCCUCGUUCCUGAGAAAUCGUGACAGGAAAAGCAAUUAUUUCCCUGUGGGGGCACACACAGAGGUGAGGCUAUUUCACCUUGUCUGAAGGUCAUAGAAUCUGAGGAGGUUUUUUUUUUCUUUGUUUGUUUAUUUAUUUUCUAUUUCAAAGUUGUUAACAAUAGGUGUGGCUACAAAACAAGAGAUCCUGACCUAGGGUGUGGUUACUUGGUGUUUUGGACAUUAAGAUGGCCUACAGAGAUAGAUCUGUCUCACCCUGACCAAAGGUCAGAGAAUACUUCUGCUCCUUCUUUUGAAAUAGGAGGUUUGACUUAGGGAGAGGCUGCCUACAUUUAGUCUAAGGUGGGCUCACUGCUCCAGACAUCAAAUACUUUACUUUGGAAUUAAUGGCUUGAUGUCUCAGGAUUGGAGCAAGGAACUGUUCUGGUUGUCCUUUGUCACCUGUUAAAGCAGUCUUUUGCCUUCUUUUCCCUCCUUCUCUAUUGGGACAUAGAAGUAUAUGGACGAACUCAGAACUAAAAAUUCAGCAUUCAGUAUGUGCUGGGUUGCCUUUCUGGUACUAUCCUGUGUCUCUGUGUUUCUUUCUUAUCUCUGUUCUUCAUAUCUAACAUUUCUAAUCCUCAUGCCCCCUACCCUGGAACGUACAAACCCGCUGUGGCUAGGAUUGCGGCAGGAGUCACCUCAAAAAGGUGGCUCACGACAAUCCACCUCCUCAAUGAUCCUGUAGUUCCUGAUUAGCCCAAAGGAUCCUGCAAAUGAUCAAAGUCCCCAUCUCGCUCCUAGGCUGUUAGAGUUCUCUUUUCCCUCUGCCCUGCUCUAAUUCCCAGGCUGUUCUGUGUCUCAUGCUUCCCUCCACCUGCUGCUACCUGUGUCCUUUAACUGCAAGGUUCUUUCUGCCAUUUGCAGUUCUAAUUACCCAGAGACAGAUCCAGCAGUUUGAUUUUUCUAUAAAUCUUUUACCUACCCACAGAGUAAUCUAGUUGCAUGGUUUCACUACACCCUCGCUUAGUUUUCCCCAUCUCUGAUGUCAGGUUGGGAGCGUAGGCUUCUGCCCCUGGCAUCUAUCCCAGCCCCCAGGCCUGAUCUGGACUCCAAAUUCCAGACCAGGUCCUGACCCCCUGGGGAUAGGGUCAGGAACACUCCCCAGGGUAUAUAAGUGAUUCCCCAAAAGAGGAACACGUGGUCUCCCUUUCUUCCUUGGCGGGAGCGGGGGGGGGGGGGUCGCAUUUCUGCAGCUUUCAGGUUCCCCCUUGGGGACACCCAAGAGCACAGAUCUCCCAUUAAACCUGAAUAUUUCUUAAUUCGGCUUGUUUUGUGUCGAUUGCGUUUGAGUGGGUUACUCAGUCUAGGGGUUGUAACCCACCCUGCAAUCAGUUAUUCCAGGGUCACGGAGAAAUGGGCUAGGAAACAAGGAGGAGGCCAUGCUGUUUGUCACAGCCUCCGUUUAUUAGGGAUGGGUUACAGUUUAUAUAGGGUAAGGAAUGGGGGGGGGCAUAGGGGCCUGGACUCUUGUCACGUGGUCCAGGUCACGUAGGCCAGGAGGUUACGUUCAGUCAGGUAGGCCAAGAAGUCAAGAGUUGCCACACCUAGUUCCCUGGAUAGCUGGAAUGUGAGGCGGGUUCCGCUAACAGAUAACAGCUAAUUGGGUGUGGGGCAGGUUCUGUCAACAGAACGAUUCUUAACAUAAUUAUGGGUGUGGGGUUCUCUGCAGACUCCCCAGGGUGAUGGUUCCUGAAAUGAUUUUUAGGGGGGAAAUGGCUCCUCACAGUUUUGAUUUGGCUUGAUUGGGAAUUUUUGUGUCAGCAGAGAGCUCGCAUUAGGAAAUAUUCCUAACAUCUGGGGUGUUGAGGGUGGAACUUGGAGCCUUUUGGAGAGCUAUGUGCAAAGGUAAAAGACUGUGGUGCAGUUCUCCCAGAGGCAGCAGUGGGCCACUGCAGGUGGUUUAGGGCAGCAAUGGGUGGGAGACCAUAAGGGGCAGCUGGUCCCACCACCUGAGGUCUCUGGGGGUCCCAGGUGUGUAAGAGACCAGUUUCAUGUGGAGGGAGAUGUGGCAGGUGAGAGACUGACACAGAUAGACAUGCCAUGCAGAGAAAGUGGGUAUUUAUUUAGUGGAUUAUGGAGGGGGAAAAGGGAAGGAGAGAAGCUGGGAGAGCAGAGAAAGGCAGAGAGAGAAAAGUGGGGGGAAAGAGGAGGAGCUACCUUUUCAGGAAAGAGAUGGGGGGGGAAAGCUCAGGCUGGAAGCAGAAGAUCCACUUGCCUUGGUGGACAGGGAAAGGAAUGGGCAGGGCUUGUCUCUUAAAGGGACAGGACAGACCGUUACACUGUGCCCUCUACCAAUUCCACUAUAUCCUUGGCAUGGCUUUCAUUUCCAAAUGACAUGUGAUCUCUCAAUUUAGUUAAGGGUAUGACUUACUCUUUAUGGAGUAAAAUCUGUCCCAUUGCUACAGACUAGUGUCACCAGCUAGGCACCUUCAUGGGGUUCAUUUUCAAUGUCAGUUAAAAAACUAAACAGACAGGUAGCCAGAGAGAAAACUCAAGCACAGCAGGCAGAAUCAGCCUUUGAGAAAAGGCUGCUGGUUAUUGGGGGUAAGGAAAACACAGAGUUCUAGCAGACAUAAGGAGGAAAAGAUACUCCAAAAUGGAGAGGGGGGAACUCAGGAAGUCAAAAACCCACUCUCCUCCCAAGGCCUAGGUGUUUUAAGUCUCUAAAGAGUCCUUCUUUCCUAAUUAAGGGUUUGUCAGUUUGAAGAAAGACAGGAAGAAGGACUGGCCCACAACUGCUGAGUAAACAAGUUCUGCUUAGGCUUUGAACUUGUUAAGCAAGUUCAUAAGCAGGGGGCCUAAGGAUAGUGUUAAAUCCCACCAUUCGAGACUAGGACCACUACCACAAUUUAAAGCCAAAUUUGAAGCAAGUAUUAAUUAAAUACUGGCCAGGUGGAUGAAUUCUGGCCAUGUUCAUCUCUGGUUUUCCAGAAAAGUGGCUCAAGUCACAGUUUGUAGAGGCUUAAGUAUGUCCUAUCAGGUUCAAUCAGGGGCAGGCGUACAGCCUGGAUAUUUCCUGCCUGUAAACCUCCCGCCCAUGUGUGAUCAAGCACAGCCAGUGCAGACGGGUCAAACAAACUUGUUUAGGGAGUAGAAACGCAUGACUUAUUACCACCCUUGACCUACAGCCUCUUGCAUUUCAGGCAAUGUCUGUCCUUGGGCUCUCUGAUCAGAGGGAUUUUUGUUUCACGAUCUCUAAGGCAAAGCAAUUAAAACUCAAAAUGUAACUUUGGCUCUCACAAUAAGAGAAAAUGGCCCCCAGUCCCUUGUUUUAAGCUGCCAGGAUUUUGUUUUGGGUCAGGCGGGUGAGAAAGAAAAUAGCCCUUUGGAAGUUUGCCACCUCUAUUAUGUACUCAUUGACCUUGCUCCCUCUGUGAGCCAGUCAGGGACUCUAACUAGGAGCCCCUCUCUAGAAUUUUUAUCUGUUUAGAAAUUAAAAGAAUUCUGUAGUCAUUUUCUAUGGGGAGGAGUAAAAGGAAAUAGGAAAAACAGCCCACAAUUACUUAGUGGACUUAACAAGAACUGUGAUGGUAAACAGUUACAUUUAAAGUUUAGACUUACUAUGGUUAAAACACCAAACAAGUAAAAAAAAAAAUGCCUCUAGCAUGUAAGUCCCUAGCUUGUACAGGCUGUACCUUUGCAGUCUAGUUCCCCCCACCCCCAUUCAGCAGUAAAUUUUGCUGUUCUAGCAAGAUAGGAGGUCAUACGUGAAUAAAAAGAAAUAAAAAUGUUCUGGCUGCUCCUUGAUAUGUUGGAGAAGGUUUUUUAUAGAUAAGAGGGGAAGCACCAGCCAGAGGCAGAGACAUCUGAAAGAGUUCGUAGUGAACAGGGCUAGGCUGAGCUGGGCCAAGUGAAGAGAAAGGGGAGGAUAUAGGGGCUGCCAACCAAGAGGGGCAGCCUGGGCUAAGAGACUAGCCAAGAGGUAAAGGGUAGACCAAAGAAUGGACCAGGUAACAAAAAUGGUUGGAUUAUAUAGGGAAGAGCAGCUCAGAUAACCGUCUGGAGAAGUUUAAGGAGUAUGUCAGUUAUACCCUGAGAGAUGAGGGAUGAAGAAAGAUCCUAAUGGCCAGCGUCUGCUUUGAUAUGGUAAUAGAAUCUCAGCUUUGUCCUGUGUUUGAGACUCAACAGUAAGUCUGAACUAUUUCUGCCCUUGUAAUCAAACUUACUUACUUUGCUCAAAGACUAGGACAACUGCAAUACGUACUAUGUUAAAAUUGGACUCUGCCUACAAGUAGACAAAAUACAUGUAAUCUUGUGGUUUUGGACUAGGUUGAUAUGACUAGAAGCUAUAAUCCUGUCGCCAAGAGUAUCCAACACCAGCAUUUAAUAAAUCCUCCUCUUAUUAAAAUGAAUUCAUGGUCAUGUUGAAUCUAUCUUUGAGUGACUCCAGACCCAUUACAAUUAUGGGGAGACUCCAUGUCAGAGAGACCCAUUCAUCCCAACAACAGCUUUCUCGUGAUUAUGACUGUUGGGUCCUGGAAAUGUGCAAAUGACAGGGAGCAGAUCACCAAAGUCUAUAUGAAAAACCUGGAUAAAUUCAGACCCCUCUAGCAGAAAGAGUAGCGCCAAAAAAAAUCUACCAGAGAGAAAGAACUAAAAAUCUAGGUUAGCUGGUUCAGUGACUCUAAUCCAGGAACUAGCUGACCAUAAAGUUAGAUUACAAUCUUGAGAAACAGGGAGUUACCCCUUGUGAUUAUCACUAGUAUUUUCAGAAUUUUCCAAUGACGCCCUCCCUAUCCCCUUUGGGUUAUUGGGUUAUGGUUUCUUCCCUUAAGUACCCCUUCUCCCAGCUACUCAGGGUGGAACCCUCUACCCCUGUGUGUGGUAAAUGAGUUUUGGCCCCAGUGCACUGGUUUAUGUCCUAUCAAUAAACCUCGUGUGACUGUAGCAAGGACAGUCUCUCGUGAGUUCCUGGGGGGUUGUGUUAUCCCUAGACUUGAGUGAAAGUCUCCUCACUCCAGGAGUCUUUCAUAUAAACCAGAAGCAACUUUAUUUAAAAAAAAAAAAAAAAAAAAAAAAAAAAAGCAAGCACCGUGGGGAACAAAACCUGAUUAGCCAGGACCACAAGAAGGGGCAUCGAAUAUCCUUUCACAGAGAAGGGCCAUGUGUAGGGGUGCAGGAUUUUCAGCCUCUGGGCAGUAUGGUUCCUGGAGUUGAGACUUAUGACCUAGGGUAAGAGGGGCUCCUAGGACAGUGCAGCUCUGUGGAUGUGCGACCCCUUCGGGGAGUGCAUUCCAAGAGUUGGGGUUUACAGUCUCUCAUUACAGGGUGUUAAUUCAAGAUGUUUGCGUUGUCUUUUCCUUAUCUGAGAGAAUGCAAGGCAGAGUGAAAGCAGCUAUCAGUGGGAAAUAUGAGGAUUGGGUAAAACGGUACACUUCUUCAUAUUACUGGGUUCUUCAAUGACAAAAACACCAAUUCUUUAGAAAAACAGAAUUGUUUGGUUAUGGUGGCCCCUACAAGUACUCUGGGGAACUUGGGGAUUUGAGGGCUUCUGGGAUAAAUACUCAAACUCUCCCAUCCCCAGACAAAUAAACUAAGCAAAGCAAAUCUAAACAGAGAAGUAGCGAAAGCAUUCCUGAGUCCCAGAGUCUGAAGAAAGCAGUGGAGGUCAGAGUAAAGUAAAUUCCAUGAGUUCUCUUAGAGUUUCAGAAAAGUGCACAGACCAGAUCACUUCUAGCCCAGAGCUAGGAGCGGGAGGGGCAGUAAGGGCCCCAGAGCUCAGCUCUGUUUGGUUGAACUUUACCUAGAGUACAGGGGCGUAACUUUCCGGUGGGGAAAGGAAAUCAUUUUAUACGCAAAACUCAGGAAAACAAAACCUUAGGCACCCGCAGCUGAGUCACUUCAGGGAGCUUUUCUCCCCCCCCCCCCCUUUAGUGGAGUGCAGCACCCUUGCUUUUCACAGAGGGGUCAGGAGAGCAGCGCCUCUGCGGGUUCCAGGAUUUGCUGCUUAACGACG